CACUAACUUCACUCUGAGGAGUUUGGAUUCAGGACUCGAGACUCACUUGGACUUUGUCACUCAGCUUUUUACGCAUCGGGAUUGUGUUUGGUUUCACAGCUGACUUUGAGCGUGGAAUCAUGCAGCUGUCAGUGCGGUGCUUCGUGGCUGUGUGCCUCUCUCUUUUGGGAUACCUUGGGGAAGUUUACGCAGGGACAGUUCUCACGAACUCAAACGCCAUUAAGAACGUGCCCGGUACUUUCGGCGCUAAAGGAGGAGAGACUGUCAGCCCCAGUCCGCGCACCUCACCAUCUCAAAGCGCUGGACACAAAUUUCACCAUGACAACAUACAGCACCCAGGAGUGUGUUUGGAGGAUGAGGACUGCAGCGCUGAUGAGUUCUGUAACGACGCCCGGGGCGCCUGUCUGCCCUGUCGUAAGAGCAGGAAGCGCUGCUCACGGGACUCCAUGUGCUGCGCUGGGAACCGCUGUAGCAACGGUGUUUGUCAGGCUAAUGACAUAGACAGCACUGACCCAUCUAUCACCCCCGGCUGGCACAAACACAAUAACACUUUGGAGCAUCACAGCAAAAAGCUGCCUGCUUCCAACAGCCACCUGCCCAAUGCAGUUAAAGGUAUGGAGGGGGACACAUGCCUGCGCUCCUCAGACUGCUCCGAGGGACUGUGCUGUGCCCGACACUUCUGGUCUCGCAUCUGUAAGCCUGUGCUGACAGAGGGCCAGGUGUGCACACGUCACCGAAGGAAAGGCACCCACGGCCUGGAGCUCUUCCAGCGCUGUGACUGUGGAGACGGGCUGGCCUGUAAGCCCGAGAAAGGGGAACGGGAGCAUGGAGUCAGCAGGACAGCAGCAGCCCGGAAUCUACACACCUGCCAAAGACGCUGAACUCUCCAUAGAGCCCAUACAGACUGUGAGCUCUGCUCCACACAGAUCAUACAGACUCUGAGCUCUGCUCCACACCACACAGCAGUCAGACACUGGUGGAUAGCUUUCAGCCAGAGAUGCUGACACACAGACACCCAACACCUAAGACAUCCUUUCCGGCCAAGCUGCUGACAAACAGCAGCCGGAAGGGGAGACAAGAGUCCGGAGAAAGGUGAUACACCCAGAGGGAUGCGGAAGUGUAGGAUGGACUGAUCCUGUGGCACCAAACAAUCCAGAGGAAAAGGAAGUUGGAGAGUGACAUUAGGAACUCUUCGAAGAUCAAUUUAUGUCGUUAGAAAUGGCAGUGCUGUUUUGUUUCUCUUUUGUGGAACUUCAAGCCUCGGUUAUUGCAGUAAAUUACUGUGUUGUAAAUAUGAUGGAGGUGGCACUUAUUUGGAAUAUAGAAUUUUGUCAACACCAGUAUUAUUUAGACAUGGUGCUGCAUGGUUCGUUCUCAGUAUUGUAAAUGUGUACACAGCAUAAUGUUAUAUACUUUGUAAAUUACUAUAUUUUUAAUUUACGUGUAUAGAAAAUGUGAAUAUAUUGUUUAAUUAAACAACAC